AUGGACGAGGUAGUACUAGAUCCAGCCAUUACUAUCAAAGCUAUUGGACAUCAAUGGUAUCAGACUUAUGAGUAUUCAGACUAUAACAGUUCCGAUGAACAGUCACUCACUUUUGACAGUUAUACGAUUCCAGAAGAUGAUCUAGAAUUGGGUCUAUCAUGUUUAUUAGAAGUGGACAAUAGAGUGGUUGUACUAGCCAAAACUCAUCUACGUAUUAUUGUAACAUCUGCUGUACUUCAUAGUUGGGAUGUACCUUCCUCAGGUGUCAAAUGUGAUGUUGUACCUGGUCAUUUAAAUCAUAUCUCUAUUUCGGUACAACGAGAAGGAGUUUACUAUGGUCAGUGCAGUGAUAGAGCCAGAUUUUUAUUGGCAAAGUUGAACCCAUCAGCCACAUACAAUAAUGUCACUGAUAUAGCACCUGGAUCAGAUAUAAUCUUUACAGAAUAUGUAAACUUACAAGUCUUCUUCGAGCAUCUUCAGAGAUUAGCUGUGCAAUCUUGA